GCUCGUUUGGAGCAUUUAUCGAGAGUGAUCUUUGUUCGGAGAGACUCAAAUCCAAAUCUUGGUCACUGCAGUCCGAGUAAAACGACAAAAAUUUUGAGCGAUAUUAUUCGGAUGCUGUAUGAGCGUUCAGCUGUAGCGCCCCUUCGGUGCCUAGCUGCCGUGUCACCAGAAGGAACAACGAGGGUUGGGAUACUACCAGGUUGCCCAAGCCUAGACAGAGGCAGAGAUCGGUUUCGAACCACCGACCUUCCUGUCAGUAAUCUUGCGCUCCAACCACUGAGCAAUCUCGCCCCAAUGCUGUAUAAGCGGCCAAUCAAUGUCAGUGGGGUUCGUGCAGUCAGUUUCUUUCCAAAUUGUCUGAUUGAGCGGUCAUGUACUGUCCACCUCUUGGUCGCUUCCACUCAGUUGGACGAGAAGAGCCCUGCUAACCAGACAGUCCCCUGGCAUCUGUUAAACGCUUUUAUGAAGGAAACUACCCACAAGGUUGCUGAAAACUGUUCGACAGCCCACGACCGGUUUCGCCCUUCUUGGGGCUCAUCAGGUAGGCACAGUCCCCGAGUUUCCGUCAACCUUAUGUUCUACUUGAACCCUUAG